AUGAUUCUCAGGCCUACGGUAGGCUCGGCCCUUCAACGGCAGUGGCGAGCGGAAUGCGCAGAGCGUGAGGAAGAAGAGGCCCGGCUGCAGCAACAGCAGGCGCAGCUCUGGGCCGAAGAGGAAGCGCGAUGGAAGGCAAUGCAGGAGAGCCACGAGGAGGCUCGCCGGCAGGCAGAGCAGCAGCACAAGCAGCAGCAAGACCGUGCGUGGGCUGAACAUCAGCGUCGCAUGGAGGCUGAGCGAUGGCAAGCGGAGCAGCGUCGCUUGGCCGAGGAACGGUGGUGGCAAGAGCAGCAGCAGAUUGAGGAGAAGCGGCGACAGGCCGAGGCGAUCCAACCGCAGAAGACUACUUGCUUCUCUGCUUCCCUCCAUUGA